AGCAUUGUAGACAGAAAGUACAGCAAGUACAAAGUCCAAAAAUAGGAAAAGGCUUAGUAGGCCCUGUACAAGAGGGCUGGUAGCAGUGAAGUUAAUGAAAGAGAAUGGCAUAAGGGGGUUGGUGGGAGGAGGCAGGAGUCAGACUAUAGGGUCUUGUAGGCCAUAGUAAGGAGUUGGAUUUUACCCUAAAAAUAACAAGCCGCUAAAGGGAUUUCACCUGAGAGGAAGGGUGUCACGAUCUGAUUUACAUUUUUAAAUUAAAAAACUGCCUAGUGUGUAGUGAAUGGAUUGUGGAGAGGGAAGGGUGGAAGCAGGAAAACAAAUUGGGAGGUAAUAGUAGAAAAGUCUAGAGAAAACUUGGAUUGAGGUGGUAGCAAGAGACAUGACGUAAUUAAAUGAAUUCAAGAUUAAUAUUGGUAGUAAAUCACAGAACUUGCUGAAGGAUUGAAUUUAGAGGGUGAGAGAGAGGAAGAAAGCAAGGAGAGCUCCCAGCUUUUUGACUUGAGCACCUAUAGACGGCUGUCACCACCAGUCAAUCUCCAAAGGCAUUAUCUUCUAGGUACUUCUCCCUUCCCUUCCUCCUCCACAUCCAGUCAGUCACUGUAGUAGUCAGGAUUAUCCGGAGAAAAAGAACCAACAGGAUGUGUAUAGAGAGAAAGAGACUUAUUUUAAGGAUUUGGUUUGCAGGAUUGUGGGAUCUGGCAAGUCCAAAAGCUGCAGGGCAGGCCAGCAGGCUGGAGACCCAGGGAAGAGCUGAUGCUGCAGAGUCCAAAGGCAGUCUGGAGCGCAGCCCAGUGGCCCAAAGGGCAGAGUGCAGCUUAGCCCAUCGUAAGCCCUACAUUAUGGUCAGUUUACCUGCUCCGUUUAUCUGGAUUGGGCCACUCUCAGACGCGGACACGUUCUCCGUGGAAGACCCGGUGCGGAAGGUGGGGGGCGGCGGCACCGCCGGCGGGGAUCGCUGGGAAGGCGAGGACGAGGACGAGGACGUCAAGGAUAACUGGGAUGAUGAUGAUGACGAAAAAAAAGAGGAAGCAGAAGUAAAACCAGAAGUAAAAAUUUCAGAAAAGAAAAAAAUAGCAGAGAAGAUAAAAGAGAAAGAACGACAACAGAAGAAAAGGCAAGAAGAAAUUAAAAAGAGGUUAGAAGAACCUGAAGAACCUAAAGUGUUAACACCAGAAGAACAAUUAGCAGAUAAACUCCGGCUAAAGAAAUUACAGGAAGAGUCAGACCUCGAAUUAGCAAAAGAAACUUUUGGUGUUAAUAAUACAGUUUAUGGAAUAGAUGCUAUGAACCCAUCUUCAAGAGAUGACUUCACAGAGUUUGGAAAGUUGUUAAAAGAUAAAAUUACACAAUAUGAAAAGUCACUAUAUUAUGCCAGUUUUUUGGAAGCCUUAGUUCGAGAUGUGUGUAUUUCAUUGGAAAUUGAUGACUUGAAAAAGAUUACCAAUUCAUUGACUGUGCUUUGCAGUGAAAAACAGAAGCAAGAAAAGCAAAGCAAAGCCAAAAAGAAGAAGAAAGGUGUGGUUCCUGGAGGGGGAUUAAAGGCCACCAUGAAAGAUGAUCUGGCAGAUUAUGGUGGUUAUGAUGGAGGAUAUGUACAAGACUAUGAAGACUUCAUGUGACAUUUUAUCUUCUCCUGGUGUCUUCUUUCUGUUGCCCACAAUCCCUUCAACAUGUAGCACAACUUCCUUUCCUUUCAGUUCUGCCAAAUGCUACAAUCAGAAGUGCAGUAUCUUUUGUGCUGGUAAUUUAACCCCUUGACAACUUAGGUGCUAAUGUGCAAAAGAGGGAACUUGGAUCUUGCUGCCAAGGGGUGAAAAUUGGGAACCUCAGUUGCUACUAAAUCAUAGUUUAAAAAAACAAACCUAAUAAUGUUGUCAUUGUUGCUAUCUGAUUCCAUAGCAGCAGUCACUAAAUUGGAAACAAAGGUUGCAGCACGACAAAAAAUUGUGUAGUAUUUACCAGCACCCUUCAGUAAUACAGCCUUAACCAUACCUCCUUGAACUACUUCAUAACUUGUCAAGAAAAGCAGUUUGCAGCAAGGGCAUGUGGUAUGCACCUAGUAUUAUAAUUGCUUUGUCUUAAAAUUGAGCGUGAGGAUAUUAAAAAUACAUUGUGAAGAAGACUGCUUAUCUCAGAGUGAAGAUACAGCGGCUGAAAAGCACUAGUUUGAUACUUAAAAAUUAAAUGACCAAAACCCUCCAACUUUGAAGCUGAAGAACGUAAACCUCUCCAAUAUUGCAUUACAAGUUGUGGAAUCUCUUGAAUGCAUAGACUGUCCAGUUUAUAUUUAUCAGACUCUUCUACUGAUGGAGUGCUUCACAUGGGGGAGGGAAACUCUUUACCUGUUUUAUUUGCCUGAUUUAAGUGUCUGAGAAACAAAUAUCCUUUGUUUUCCUAGGCUGCGAUGGAAUAACUUUAACAGGGUUUUGGCAUUUCCUUUCCUUUAUAAAACAUGCUCAGCAAACUGCACCAGUUAACUACAGUUUGGUAAAUUGUUAUGUUAACAAUUAUGACAUCUGCAAUGUUUUAUAAAGCAACUAAUUUAAUAAAAUCACUAUUGUGAGGACUUAAA